AUGGAAACCACCCUCAUUAUCCUCAAGCCAGACGCAGUCCAACGCGGCCUCAUGGGCAAGAUCAUCACCCGCUUCGAGGAAAAAGGCCUCGCGAUCGUCGGGAUGAAAAUGAUGACCAUCUCCAAAGAACUCGCCGGGACUCACUACGCCGAUCACGCUGGCAAGCCGUUCUACGACGGGCUCGUCGGAUUCAUGACCUCCUCCCCAGUCUGCGUCCUCGCUGUCCGCGGCGUCGGCGCCAUCGCGAUCGCACGCUCCAUGAUGGGCGCGACCUUCGGAUCCAAAGCAGAAGCCGGCACCAUCCGUGGUGACUUCGGUGUCUCCAACUCCUUCAACCUGAUCCACGGCUCGGACUCCCCAGAAGCAGCCGCGAAGGAAAUCGGCCUCUUCUUCGGAGAAGGCGACAUCCAAGACCUCGAUCGCGCGAUCGAGGGCUGGGUCUACGACAUGUCCGGCGGCGAUCCUGAGUAA